AUGGCCACGGGAGGCGCGGUCGAGGAGACCGUUGCCUUCCCUGACUGGGUUGUGCUGGAUCGCUACGGCCGCACGUACUGCCACGACGACCUAGACAGUGCUCGUGAGGCCGCCAACGAGAAGAAGACCGCCUUGAAUUCGUCACCGGCACCGGCCACCGCUGUUGCUUGCUCAGCCAAACCCGAGCCCCCGUACCGCUUUCCCGCCUAUCCCUACCUCCGGGCAACCCACGAGGACCUCGUCCUCUUCGAAAUCUCCUUGCCGAGCCAGACGUGCUUCGACGGUGACCCAUCAGAUCUGUUCGUCUAUACCGUCGCGGGUCCUUCCCCCUCGGUGCAGCGGCUCCCUCUGUACACUGAGCCCAGGGAAUGGCCGUUCCUGAGGUCUAGAAAAAACACAGGCAUCCUGCGGCUCGCCGGCGACCGAUACAUCGUUGCCGACCUUAGGGUCUACUGGAAAAAAAAGGAGGGCUCUGACAAUUAUUCCGUGCUUGCCGAACUCUGCGUCUUCAACUCCAUGACUGAGAAGUGGGAACUCUUCCUCGAGAUGCCCGCCCCGCAGCCGCAGGACCAGGGCAAUGGCGGCCUGUUCCCCAUCCUCUGGACAACCAAGGAUGUGCUCGCUUUCGACGACCGGUUCCUCUGCUGGGUCAACUACUUGAGCGGCGUCCUGCUGUGCGAUUUCACCGAUGCAGCCUCCCCGGUGCUCAACUUCGUGCCUUUCCCCGGAGGACAAGAUUACCCCGACAAGCAACACAUUGCAAUGGGCCUCGCGAAUUAUUACCGAAGAUUGUCCAUCAGCCAAGGCAUGAUGCGCUUCAUCGACAUUGACCAUGGCUAUCAGGAGAGAGUCCACGUUGGCUGGCGCCAGCGGCUCGAGAGAGGGCAAGGGCAGCAGGAGCCGCAUCCCCUGAAGAUCACCAUCUGGACAUUGAAAGUGAUGGGGGCUGUUGGUGACCCCAGGUUCGAGUGGGAGGUGCAUCGUGUGAUCAACCUGGAUUGUCUCUGGGCGCAACGUGGUUACCAAGCUCUGGGCAUGCGUCCGUGUCUUCCCGAGUUCCCAGUCGUCCCCGCCGAUGACCCGGAUGCCCUGUGCUGCCUGUUGAGGGACGAGAAGCUACUUAUCAAUCGACAGCUCUAUGGACACUGUGAUGCUGAUGCCCGGGCACAGCCGUGGAUGAUCAUGGUUGACAUGAACCAUGCAUAUUUGCGGUCAUGUGCUGAAUACAUCAAUCAACAGCCCUACGGUCGUCCUAAUGAGAGCGUGAAUGCAAAAGCUGUGAAAGUUCACGAAAACUUCUUUUCCAAUACGCUCCUACUUCCAGCUGUCUUCUCCAAAUACCUUGAAACGCCAAAAGGUAGGCUCUCUUAA